AUGGUGCAGAUCCACUUGUCUUCCAUCUACAUAUCAACAUUUCUUGUUCUUCUCCUGGCUUUUCCUGCAAGGUGUGAUCUCAUACAAAAAUCAUGCAGUGAAGCAAUAACCCAUGAUAAGAAAAUAGUUUCCGCAGUCUGUAUCGACAGCUUGGAAUCAAACCCAGAGAGCAAACAUGCCAGCAAUCUUGAAGAGUUGUUGAUCAGUCUGAUUGAUCCAGAGAUUUCAAAUAUAACAAGCAUUAUCUCCUUGAUUACGAAGCUAAUCAAAUCGGGGAAAUUCAUGGCGGAUGUGUUGGAGGAUUGCAGGGGGAUUUACGUAGUAAUGAGAGAUGAUUUGUCUAAUGCUCUGAGUGAUUUUAAGUCCACCCAUGACUAUAAAAAGCUGGGAGGUGACUUGAUUUAUGUACCGAGAGCACCUACUUAUUGUGAAGAUUGGUACAAGGAGGCUGCAGGGACGGAGUCUCCUUUGGCUAAGGAAGAUAAAUUGUUCUUACAAUUGGCUUUGAUAGCAAUUGCUUUUACUAAUAUGGCCAAAGGAACGUGA